GUGUUUAAAAUCACUCGGCUGGCCGCUGCUCAUUUCUUUUCAAGUUUCUUCGGCUUUGACUUGAUUUCUUGUUUGAGGUUUUUUAUAUAGUUUUCCCUCCACGUCGAAAGGAUUUUCACAGGAAUAUCGGCUGUGGAUACAGGAACGGGAGAAUAAGACAGGCAUUUAUCCAGCUCGUCAAUAAACGGGGAUGGAAUACAAAGGCGUUUCUAAAUCAUGGCAGGUACAUUGUUUCUACUUCUUCAUUGUCAUCUUUGGCGUGUGUUUAGGCGAUAUUCAUUACUCAGUUCCAGAGGAAAUGAAAAGAGGGUCUGUUAUCGGAAAACUUACGCAAGAUCUGGGGCUGGAUAUUAAACAGCUAUCAGCCCGUAAAGCCAGAAUACAUUUACAGGACAGCACACGGUAUUGUGAUAUCAAAAUGGAAACCGGUGAACUGAUUGUAAAUGAACGAAUAGACAGGGAAGAGCUUUGCGGGCAAAAGCCAUCUUGUGCUUUAAAUUUUGAACUUUUACUUGAAACGCCUUUGGAAUUACAUCGUAUUAUUGUGGAAAUUCAGGAUAUCAAUGACAACGCACCAGAGUUUUCCAAUGAUUUUAUAAAACUAGAAAUAAGAGAAUCUGCAGUUAGAGGAGCUCGCUUCUCAGUGGAUGAGGCCCACGACCCGGACAUAGGAAUCAAUUCGGUGAAGAGCUACGCGCUGGCCGCAAAUGACCAUUUUGUGUUGGCUGUACACACGAGCGCUGACGGGGGUAAAUACUGUGAGAUAGUAUUAGAAAACGAACUGGACCGCGAAAAGCAGGCAGAGGUUUCCUUAACCCUGACUGCAUACGAUGGGGGCACACCACAGCGCUCUGGUACUGCAGUUAUCCAAGUCACGGUGCUGGACGCCAAUGACAAUGUGCCCGUGUUUACACAGGCCGUCUAUAAAGUCAAUCUGGAUGAAAACUCUCCCUUGGAUACAGUUGUAGUCCAAGUAACUGCGAACGAUGAAGACGAGGGAGCAAAUGGGGAAGUAACAUAUGAAAUUAGCCACAUUUCAGGCAAAGACAAAACUUCGUUUGGUAUAGAUCCGAUUAGCGGUGAAAUUAAGGUGAAAGGACCUUUAGAUUUUGAGGAAUCUUCCUUCUUUGAAAUCCGUAUCAAAGCCAAAGACGGAGCUGGGCAGGCAGCUCAUUGCAAAGUUCUCGUGGAAGUUGGAGAUGUCAACGAUAAUGCUCCAAAAAUGUUUAUCAAUUCUUUGAACACACCUAUUGCUGAAAACUCGCCACCCGGCACAGAGGUUGCCAUCAUAAACAUUCAAGACAAAGACUCUGAUGUCAACAAUAAAGUCGUGUGCUCCAUUCAACAAGACGUUCCUUUCAAGUUAAUACCUUCUGUUAAAAAUUUUUACUCCUUGGUGACUGAAGGGGAACUGGAUCGUGAAGUAGUUUCAGAAUACAACUUCACAAUUAUCGUUACAGACGAGGGCUCGCCGCCUCUUUCCGAUUCCAAAGCCUUACAGAUCUCAAUUUCAGAUGUGAAUGACAAUCCACCAGUAUUUGAUCAGCCAUCGUACAGUGCUUUUGUCAGUGAAAAUAACACUCCUGGGUCGUCUAUUUGUGCUGUAAAUGCAAGAGACAAUGACUGGAAACAGAACGGCAGUGUUUCCUAUUUUCUGUUUCCCAGUGAAGUCGGUGGCCUGCCGACUUCCUCCCUAGUGUCCAUUAACCGAGACACUGGGGUGAUACAUGCGCUCAGAUCAUUUGAUUAUGAGCAGUUCAGAGAGUUCAAAUUGCAGGUUAUAGCCAAAGACAACGGCUCUCCACAGCUCAGUAACAACGUUACUGUGAGUAUAUUUAUAUCAGAUCAGAAUGAUAAUUCUCCACAGAUUUUGUAUCCUGUUCAAACGGGGAAAACUUUUAUUACGGAGAUGGUUCCCAGAUUUGCUCACGCGAGGUCCCUGGUUUCCAAAGUAAUAGCCGUGGACGCCGACUCUGGACAAAACGCGUGGCUGUCAUAUCAGAUAGUGAAGUCGACUGAUCCGGGACUUUUCACUAUUGGUCUCCACAAUGGAGAAAUCAGGACACAGCGGGACAUUUCUGAAUCUGAUCAAAUGAAGCAAAACCUUGUUAUCUUGGUGAAGGACAAUGGAAAACCUUCUCUUUCUUCGACGUGUGCUGUGAAUUUACUUAUUUCUGAUAAUAUAUUGGAUUACACUUCAGCAGUGAAAGGUCACAGUACAGAAUCCGAGAAUGUUUCGAACAUGACCGCGUAUUUGGUUAUCGCAUUGGCUGCAGUUUCUUUCCUUUUCCUUAUCUUUAUAAUAAGUAUACUGGCAGUCAGGUUUUGCCGGGGAGAGAAGCCCAGGAUGUUUCUUGACAAUUUUGAGGAAUCUUCCUUUUAUGAAAUCCGUAUCAAAGCCAAAGACGGAGCCGGACAGGGAGCUCAUUGUAAGGUUCUUGUGGAAAUCACAGAUGUAAAUGACAACGCUCCAAUUAUUUUUAUUAGUUCAUUGAACACACCUAUCGCUGAAAACUCGCCACCCGGUACAGAGGUUGCGAUCAUAAACAUUGAAGACAAGGAUGCUGAUACCAAUAACAAAGUCGUGUGCUCCAUUCAACAAGACGUUCCUUUCAAGUUAAUACCUUCUGUUAAAAAUUUCUACUCCUUGGUGACUGAAGGGGAACUGGAUCGUGAACUAGUUUCAGAAUACAACUUCACAAUUAUCGUUACAGACGAGGGCUCGCCACCUCUUUCUGAUUCCAAAGCCUUACAGAUCUCAAUUUCAGAUGUGAAUGACAAUCCACCAGUAUUUGAUCAGCCAUCGUACAGUGCUUUUGUCAGUGAAAAUAACACUCCUGGCUCGUCCAUUUGUGCUGUAAAUGCAAGAGACAAUGACUGGAAACAGAACGGCAGUGUUUCCUAUUAUCUGUUUCCCAGUGAAGUCGGUGGCCUGCCGACUUCCUCCUUAGUGUCCAUUAACCGAGACACUGGGGUGAUACAUGCGCUCAGAUCAUUUGAUUAUGAGCAGUUCAGAGAGUUCAAAUUGCAGGUUAUAGCCAAAGACAACGGCUCUCCACAGCUCAGUAACAACGUUACUGUGAGUAUAUUUAUAUCAGAUCAGAAUGAUAAUUCUCCACAGAUUUUGUAUCCUGUUCAAUCAGGAAAAACUUUUAUUACGGAGAUGGUUCCCAGAUUUGCUCACGCGAGGUCCCUGGUUUCCAAAGUAAUAGCCGUGGACGCCGACUCUGGACAAAACGCGUGGCUCUCAUAUCAGAUAGUGAAGUCGACUGAUCCGGGACUUUUCACUAUUGGUCUCCACAAUGGAGAAAUCAGGACACAGCGGGACAUUUCCGAAUCUGAUGCCAUGAAGCAAAACCUUGUUAUCUUGGUGAAGGACAAUGGAAAACCAUCUCUUUCUUCGACAUGUGCUGUGAAUUUGCUUAUUUCUGACAAUAUAUUGGAUUACACUUCAGAAAUAAAAGGUCACAGUACAGAAUCCGAGAAUGUUUCGAACAUGACCGCGUAUUUGGUUAUCGCAUUGGCUGCAGUUUCUUUCCUUUUCCUUAUCUUUAUAAUAAGUAUACUGGCAGUCAGGUUUUGCCGGGGAGGAAAGCCCAGGAUGUUUCUUGACAGUGCAGUCGCCAUUCCCGGUGCGUAUUUCCCACCCAACUAUGCGGAAGUCGAGGGUUCUGGAACUCUGCGUCAUUCUUACAACUAUGACGCCUUCUUAACAACGGGCUCUGCCACGAGCGACUUCAAGUUCGUGAAGUCUUACAAUGAGCACACUUUACCAGUUGACAAGCCAAGCAGAAUUACAGAAGACUCACCGAUGGACCCGGAAGGUAGAACUGGAUGCGAAUCAAAUGAAUCAGUUGAAGUACUUGCGCAUGAAAACCAGCUGUGACGGAUACAAAGAUAACAUUUUACAGGAAUUUA